AUGUACCAGGGUGGUGAUUUCACAAAGAACAAUGACACUGGUGGGAAGUCCAUCUACAGUGAAAAGUUUGUCAAUGAGAAUUUCCAACUGAAGCACCAGGGGUUUGUUACCCUCUCUAUAGCCAAUGCUGGACCAAAUACAAAUGGAUCCCAGUUCCUUAUAUGCACUGCAGAUACUACAUGGUUGGACGGAAAGCAUGUUGUAUUUUGUAAGGUUAUAGAGGGUUCCGAGAUCGUAAGGAAGAUAGAGAACUUGGGCAGUGGGAGUAGCAAAACCAGCAGUACUGUCCGCAUCAUUGAUUGUGGACAAAUGUGAAUGGAAUUAUGAUUAAAUAAAACUUGAUCACUUGUGAUUACAAAAAAAAA